UUUCUAGUGGACGGCUGUCGGUGGUAGACUCCACACCAGUGGGAUCCACCUGAAGACUGUAUUGCUGUGUAUUGAAUAUGUGAAAAAAAUAGGGUACGGAGUGUUUCGCAGUUACGUGUGACCCGUACGUACACAGCCGUUGACCGUUGGCCAGACAUUGUCAGUUCAAGCUGCCUUCUGGGAGGACCGGCGCUGCUGCUUGAGUGUGGAAGGAAAAAAAGAGAAGGAGAUACAGCAGGCGGAGCCUGAAAGAAGCUAGUGCAACAGUUUUACACUGCAUUGAGUUCCAAUGGGAGAGGCGUGUUAAGAGAGAGAGAGCAGUACAGAGUGAGGACUCGCUGCAGUGCAGGUGGAUCACUACAGUCUGUUGAAGAGGAAGGUUUGGAGGCAGCAGUUUCACACUGUUUGGCUGUGCAGCAGGUGAGAGUCCAAGUGGCAGCCAUAGAGCGAGCAAGUGAGGCGAAGCAAGCAUGAGUGCAGACAGCCAUCAGGGGGUGGUGACAACCCCUCCUCCGCCCAGCGGAGGGACCAAGGAGCGCUACUUCGACCGGGUCGAUGUCAACGAUCCUGAGUAUAUUAGGGCCAGGAACAUGUCACCCGACCUCCGGCAGGAUUUCAACGUUCUGGAGCAGAAGAAACGUGUCACACAGAUCUUACAGAGUCCAGCCUUCAAAGAAGAGUUGGAAAGUCUGAUCCAGGAGCAGCAGAGAAAAGGGAACAACCCCACUGGCCUGCUGGCCCUUAGACAGAUCGCUGACUUCUUCAUGGCCAGCUCUGUGGCCGGUUUCAACACCUCCCCCCUCAGUCUGGGGAUGGUCACUCCAAUCAACGACAUGUACGGGGUUGAAUCCAGCACGAUGGUGAAAGGCGAGAAGCUGACCCGCUGCAAACUGGCCAGCCUCUACAGACUGUUGGACCUGUUCAGCUGGGCUCAUUUUGCCAACUCCUACAUCACAGGUCGAGUCAGUAAAGAACAGGACCAUAUCCUCAUCAUCCCCAGAGGACUGUCAUUCGCUGAGGCAUCAGCAUCAAACAUGGUAAAGUUAAACAUCAUUGGGGAUGUGAUCGAUCAGGGCUCCACCAACCUGAGAGUUGACCCUGCAGGUUUCAGCCCCCAUGCUGCCAUCUACUCCAUGCGUCCAGACAUCCGCUGCAUCAUACAUGUGCACACUCCUGCUACAGCUGCUGUAUCAUCCAUGAAGUGUGGCAUCCUGCCUAUUUCCCAAGAGGCAUUGCUCCUUGGUGACAUUGCCUACUACAACUACCAGGGCAGCCUGGAUGACCAGGAGGAGCGCAAAGAACUGCAGAAGGCCCUGGGACCCACAGCAAAGGUGUUGGUGCUGAGGAAUCAUGGUGUGGUUGCUCUCGGGGAGACUAUCGAAGAGGCCUUUCACUAUAUCUACAAUGCCCACUACGCCUGUGAAAUCCAGGUGAAUGCCAUCUCGUGUGCUGGCAGUGUGGACAACCUGAUAGUGCUGGAUCAGGAAAAGUACAAAUCACGAGUGCACGCUAUAGCCUCAGCUGGUGCUAUCAACAUGGCCGGCCAGUACAAGUGGAAGGUCGGUGAGCUGGAGUUUGAGUCACUAAUGAGGAUGCUGGAUAACCUGGGCUACAGGACAGGCUACGCUUACAGACACCCCAUAGUACGAGAGAAGCCGAGGCACAAGAGCGACGUCGAGAUCCCGGCCACGGUCACGGCGUUCAUGUUCGAAGAGGACGGGGAGGCCACACGACUGCCCUUCAAGUUCCUGCAGCAGCGACAGCAGAGGGAGAAGACGCGCUGGCUCAACUCGCCCAACAGCUACACCAAGGUCAGCGUGGAGGGUGGAGAGGAGCGCUACAACAGCCGGACAACCACGUGGAUGAAGGCCGACGAGACGGGAACCCCAAUCCGGAUCGAGGAUCCCAAUCAGUUUGUCCCCCUGAACACAGAUCCUAGCGAAGUGCUGCAAAAGAGAAACAAAAUCAGAGAGCAGAACCGGUUUGAUGUGACAACAUCAGGCCCACGCUCUCAGCACCUCGCAGGAAUUCCUGUUGACCAACCACGACGGCCAUACGUGCCCACAGAGGAGGAGCAGAUGGCUCCCCUGCCUCCCAACCCCUUCAGUGAGCUGUCAAAGAGGGAACUUGAGGAGUACCAAAAGAACGUGGAGAGGAGGCAACUAGGCCUCAGCGAUGGAGAGCACGAGCUAACCUCAGACGACGGCUCCACUCUCUCUCAGUGUGUGUCUCUCACCCAGUCCCCACAAAGCACUCCAGCUAAAGAAGAGAACCACACAGGGCUGAUGAACGGCAAAGAUAACCACGGCGAUGUAGAUGAGGAGCUGUCCAAGCGCAUCAGCCAGCUGACCACCAGCGUGGAGAGCGUGGAGAUCACAGUGCGCCCGGGCGAGAAGAUUGAGGAGGCGCUGUCCCCAGAGAGCUCGCCCUCCAAGUCGCCCAACACCAAGAAGAAGAAGAAGUUCCGCACCCCGUCCUUCCUGAAGAAGAACAAAAAGAAAGAGAAGACGGAGGCCUGAGAGCAGAGCGGCGUGCUUAAGGAGUGUCUAUGCAGGAGAAGAAGAAGAACGAGGUGGAGGAGGCAGGGCAGCAGCCACCUUAUCUGUUUCAUGUCUGUGUUUUUAUUUUGUCCUUGUUUUCAAUGUCAUUUUAUGUUUGUUUUUGUAAUUUUAUUUGAUUUUUUUUAACAAAAAGGUUUUAUGUGCAGAAGGCAGUCGCACGUAUGACAUAAAAUAUUGGUUUGUAACAACAUAAGAAAAGAUGCUUCUUCUGAAAAAAGGAGGUGAUUGUUGGUCCUUAUAUUAAAGUAGCAGCAGAAGUAAGGGGACUCAGGUGGAUGUUUAACACACCUGAUCACUGUCUCUAUGCAUCUCUCUAACUUGGCUCCUUGGAGGCUGUGAAAUGUCAUUCGAGGCCACUUAGAUCCUGAAUAACUGGCUCCUCCUGCAUUGUUUCCCUGGCUGAAAACAGAACUUGAAACCACCUUGAGUAUUUCUUGAUUCAAAAUCCAAUUUUUAUGAAAUAAUUGGAUGGCGACCUGAGUGCUGUAAACUGCACACAAUGAAGCUCAGUCUUCUUCGUGGCCCUUUAAGGAGUUUGUUUUUGAAUUCUGGUCACCUAAAUCUCUGUAGGGAGCUGAGAGGCCACAUGAAAUCUGAAGUCACUGGAAAACUGGCCUGAGACAAACAGCCACGGGGUUCGCAUAGAGUUAUUAACCGUGAGAGAAGCUUCUCUCUCACGCUCUGAUACAAACCUCGUCUGAGUGUGGCUGAGUUACUAGACUGGACGAGACCGUAAAGACGAAGCUUGGUAGUCUCUUCUUAAUAAGUUGUUAUCUCACUCUGAAUAUUUAUGUAGCAUUUUCCUCUUCAUCUCAAAGCUUUUCAUUGCCAGACUUUAAUGGAAGAAAAGACGAAACAAUCUCAUUUAGUGAAGCGUCACUGUUUGUGUCUACUUUUUCAUCUCAUGAAUUUGAUCCUUUUUUUAUAGAACACAAAUUUGGUAAUGGUCGACUCUGUUUUGUACUCAUUUCUAAGCUUUUUUCAGAGAAUACAGAUGUUACGCAUGUUUUCUCUCUUGCAAGAACUGAAUUUCUACAGCUGACGAUGUUCUGUAGUGAUGCCUGAUUGCUCAAAUGAUAUUCUAAUCUCCAGAGUACACAUAUUUACUAUAUAACACAGAUAUAUGAGAAACUGGAUAUGUUGGCUAUAGAUUUUUAACUAUAUAUUUUUUAUUUUAUUGUGCUGCACUUUUUUCUCGUGGUUAUAUAACACAUUUUUAGUCGCAGGUGGUUUCACCGGUGAAGGAGAUUGUGAAGUAUUUCGGUAAAAGUUGUGCAUGUAGCGAGCAAAAGGCAUGGUGUGGGAGGAAAGGUCAGGACCCAGAAAGUGAGUCGAACGAAGAAAGAAAGAAAGGAAGAAUCGUCUUUCAUUGGUGUCAAACGUGAUUAAUGAUAUCUGCUUCUCAUCUUGACAAAAACAAAAACAGGAAGUAGUGCUGACUUGUAUGUCAGACUAUCCGCUGAAAUUGGAAGAAUUGGUCGUGGAGUUUGGAGCGGUAACAUCUUUCGUUUGGUGUGUUUGUGUGUGUUUUUAAAGCCAUAUUGUAAUUUUUUUUCUCCAUUGUUUUUAAUGAUCAGACAAGGGUUUGCGAUUCUCAUCUGCCUGCUGGGUAUCAACGACCCGAACAAGACCUCUAAUAAACACCCCAGUGACUGCAUUGACACCCCUCAGGCUCCCAAAAACUCAUCUUUCAGUAGCUGCAUUCACAGCAGCUACAUUUCCUCGCUUAAUUUUCCUUUAUUUCCUCCUUAAACUGGAAUAUGAAACAGAGGUUUUUUUUAUUGUAUCUCUUGGUCGUCAUUUCAGCUUCUAAAGCCUCCCCUUGUGUCAUUUCUCCAGGAAACACGGCGCUGUUGUAGCUGUCAGAUGACCCUCAGCUGAACUCUGUAAAGCUAAAGUGUGAUGGGUUGCCACAGAUCCCCCCCCUGCAGUUUAAACAGAUGUACCAAUAUCCCAGCGAGCAAUGUGAAGUAUUGGAUUUAGGGGGUGGUUAGGGGGGGUUUGGGCCACAUCUUUAGCUGUGUUAAACGAUAGCUUUUUAGCUCUGGGCGAAGCGCUGAGGUCACACGACAGAGACAUGGAGAAGGGAGGUGUGAGUUUGGAAAUGGAAGUGCACAUGUGAGUGUAGAGAGGGUCGGGGGUAAAGACAACCUGACACUAACACACCAUGUUUUUAUCACUCAGAUAUUUCUUUUCAUACCAUCUCUUCAACUGGAAAUGUCUCUUUUUUUUUCCAUCCUCCAUUCGUAUCGCAGUAUGCUUUUUUUUUUUUAGUUUGCAGAGAGCACUAGGCUUUUUUAUUUACCAUUUAAAAAGCAUUUAAAGCUCCCAGAUGAACUGAAUGUGCAUUGCAUCCUCUUCUGUUUUCCUCCUCUUCUGUUUUCCGACUGUUUGCACCUUGCUUUUACUAAUGCCUCUCUAUUCAUCUUUUUUCUGUUUUUAAUGAAAAAAAAAAAAGAAUGAGUUUUGCUUUGGCAUGCCAGAAUGAGCCAAGCUACUUUGUGACCUGUGAAAAUCCUAUAUAAAUGGUUAUCUAAUGGAGUUGCUUUUAGAUGUAUUGCUAAUCAGUGUAAAUUCACAAAUAAAAACUGUAUUUUAAG